AUGGCAUUAAACGUUCUCGGUCUGGUGGUGAUGGCGGCGUUCUAUCUGCUAAUCCUGGGAACGGGCAUCUAUGCAUCCGUGCGCUCCAGGAAGGAGGAGAAAAAGUGGUUGGGAGACGGAAUAGAGAUCACGCUACUGGCUGGACGUAAAAUCAACUUGCUAGUGGGCGUAUUCACUCUUACAGCCACGUGGGUAGGAGGAGGCUUUAUCCUUGGUAUCGCUGAAGCAACAUACAACCCGACAUUAGGAGCUGUGUGGGCUCUCAUGCCAGUGCCGUAUGUCCUUACGUUCUUCUUAGGUGGCUUUUUCUUUGCAAAGCCCAUGAGAGAAAACAAGUAUGUGACAAUGAUGGAUCCUUUUCAGCAGAAGUACGGUAACAUGCUGGCCACUGCUCUGAUUUUUCCGGCACUAGUUGCUGAUGUGCUAUGGGUGGCGCGCACACUCGUCAGCCUGGGUGGAACUAUGAGUGUGAUCCUGGACCUCUCUUACAUCUACUCCAUCAUCAUCUCUUCGGGGGUGGCCAUUGUCUACACUCUCCUAGGGGGGCUCUACUCUGUGGCUUACACGGAUGUCAUCCAGCUCACCCUGAUAUUUGUCAGCCUGUGGGUGUGUGUCCCUUUCCUAUUGACCAACCCGCACUCUUUGGACAUUUCACUGACGGCCUACAAUCAGGGCUACCAGGCUCCUUGGAUUGGCAAGGUGGAGUAUAAUGAAGCCGGCAAGUGGUUUGACGACUUCAUGGUGCUGGCUUUGGGUGGUUUGGCUUACCAAGCGUUCUACCAAAGGAUACUGGCUGCCUCAUCUUACACCCAGGCUCAAAUGACCUGUUUUAUUUCAUCUGCCUUUUGCCUGGUGCUGGGUGUCCCCUCUAUAUUGUUUGGAGCGGUUGCCGCAUCUACUGACUGGAACUCAACAGGCUAUGGACUACCAACUCCAUAUCAGCGUGGCGAGGCAGGUUCCGUCCUCCCCAUUUCCCUGCAGUACCUCACUCCCACCUAUGUGUCCAUCAUUGGUAUUGGAGCUGUGGCUGCUGCUGUCAUGUCCUCCAUGGACUCUGCCCUGCUGUCCUCUGCGUCAUUGUUCUCCUCCAACAUCUACAAGAACAUUCUCAGAAAGCAGGCAUCAGAUCGUGAGAUGCGGUGGGUUAUUCGUAUCUCGGUGGUGGCUGUGGGUCUGGCUGGUACUGGCCUCACCUUCCUGGACAACAGUGUUCUGGUCUUCUGGCUUGUGGGUGUGGACAUGUCCUACACCAUCAUGUUCCCUCAGCUGGUUUGCAUCCUCUUCUUCAAGGUGUCCAAUGGCUACGGUGCUAGUUUAGGCUUCUUACUGGGAAUCACUAUGAGAGUUCUAAGUGGAGAGCCACUCAUCGGCUUGCCGCCGGUCAUCUUCUACCCCGGCAUACGGAAAAAUGCAGAGGGAACACUUACCCAAUACUUCCCCUUCCGCACUACUAUCAUGGUCACCUCGCUGCUAUCCAUCCUGCUGUUCUCCUGGCUGAUGAAUGUCAUUUUUGACAAAGGCUUGUUGUCUGAGAAGUGGGAUUUUUUUAAGAUCAAAAGCCAGCAGAACAUCCCAGAAGACAAGAGGACCCGUGGAAACAAAGUAAAGGUAUCCAUGUUCAAGCAACUACUGGACACCACAAGCGGCAGACGGGCCUAAGACGUAAAAACAUGGGUCCGGACAGGAGGCAGACAUGCUCAUCUGCUCAACAGGAGUUAACAGUCUUGACGUGAGAAACGAGUCGGUAUAGAAACACUGAAUUUGUGUCACGCUGUACAGACCAACAUGUCCUCUGAGCACUCUAACCUAGCUUCUAGAAAAAUUAAUGAUCAAAGUUGUCAACGUCUUUGUAUAUGAACAAUCCAUGAACGCAUAAAAUGUGAUGUGACUGAUUCAAAACACUGAAAAAAAAGAUGAGCCUUGUUAUAAUCGUAUCACACAGACUUGGUUGGCUCAGCCAUUUAAAUUAUUUUCCAUUUGGAAACGAAAGUGCUAUCUCCCCGUUUCAUGUUCCUGCUUUGGUCAUGUUCCAGUUUUCCUUGCGUGAAUUAAUAUUGGUGUAUUUGUCAUCCGUAUUGUGUGUUCAAGUUAGAUACCCUGGUAUCUUGUGUAAAACAGCACCAAAAGUCACAGCGAUAGUCCAGGUAAUGUAGGUAAAAAAGCCUGUAGCUCAUUACCUAGCAUAUUUUAGCACAGCUGCUGCAGGAAGAGGACAAAACUUUAUUCCCUCAUUGACGACAUCACAACUCUCAUCAAACCGUUUUCCAAGUAUUGUAUUCUUCCGCUAUCCUUCCUGUCAAUUUGGUGCUGUCCUACCGAGCAUUUUCUUUGCACCUGGACUCACUUGUUAAGAGGGCCUUGUGUUUUGCCACAUGAGGAUCCAGCCUUUGAGUCUGCAUUUUACGUUCCUUUCUGCCAAAGUAUUGAUCCAUGAAAUUAAAGGAGUUUGUUAAUGGAGAUAUGCACCAAUUUGUAAAAUACAGGAAUGAGAGAAA